CGAUUUGCAAAUGACUCAGAACUCGGCAAGAUGGAGCCUUUCGCUUGGUUUUUACGAAGCACAUUCAGCACGUGUGUAAAAAGUGCCAAACUAAUUUCAGAAAAUGGAUGAUCGAAGUGAUAUAGCUCAUGAAGGACCUAGUGGUAUGGAUCCUGAGGGUGUCAUCGAGUCGACUUGGCAUGAAGUGUACGACAAUUUCGAUGACAUGAACUUGCGCGAGGAAUUAUUGCGUGGAAUUUAUGGUUAUGGUUUUGAGAAACCCUCUGCUAUUCAACAACGUGCUAUAAUUCCUUGUGUUAAAGGUCGUGACGUUAUUGCUCAGGCUCAGUCAGGUACGGGAAAAACCGCUACUUUCUCAAUUGCUAUUUUGCAACAAAUCGAUACGUCCAUUCGCGACUGCCAAGCAUUGAUUUUGGCCCCUACCAGAGAGUUGGCAACUCAAAUCCAACGUGUCGUGAUGGCUCUUGGUGAAUAUAUGAAGGUGCAUUCACACGCUUGCAUUGGUGGUACCAACGUUCGCGAAGAUGCCCGUAACUUGGAGUCUGGAUGUCAUGUUGUUGUUGGUACUCCAGGUCGCGUUUACGAUAUGAUUAAUCGCAAAGUGCUUCGUACACACAAUAUCAAGUUGUUCGUUUUGGAUGAAGCUGAUGAGAUGUUGUCCCGUGGUUUCAAAGAUCAAAUCCAAGAUGUUUUUAAAAUGCUUCCUCCGGACGUACAAGUUAUCUUAUUAUCUGCCACAAUGCCACCAGAUGUUCUGGAAGUCAGUCGUUGUUUUAUGCGUGAUCCAGUUAGCAUUUUAGUGAAGAAAGAAGAGUUAACCUUGGAAGGUAUAAAGCAAUUUUACGUCAACGUAAAACAAGAAAAUUGGAAGCUGGGUACUCUGUGCGAUUUAUAUGACACGCUUUCCAUUACUCAGUCUGUUAUUUUCUGUAAUACAAGGCGUAAGGUAGACCAGCUGACUCAAGAAAUGACAAAUCAUAAUUUCACUGUUUCUGCCAUGCAUGGUGAUAUGGAACAGCGUGACCGUGAGGUUAUUAUGAAGCAAUUCCGAUCGGGCUCUUCGCGUGUUUUAAUUACAACUGAUUUACUUGCUCGCGGUAUUGAUGUACAGCAAGUCUCGCUUGUCAUUAACUACGACUUACCUUCGAAUAGAGAAAAUUACAUUCAUAGAAUCGGUCGUGGUGGACGUUUUGGUCGCAAAGGUGUUGCAAUUAAUUUUAUAACGGACGAGGAUAGAAGAAUUCUUAAAGAUAUUGAACAAUUCUACCAUACAACCAUUGAGGAAAUGCCUGCUAACAUCGCCGAUUUGAUUUAAACCUUCAAAAGUCGGAAGCUAUAAUAAACAGCAGUGAAAGCAGCAAGUAAAAUCAUCCAUAAAUAAGUAACAGCAAAUUCCGUAAUCAGAUUAUAAAAACAUAGGAUUGGAUGCAGAUGUAUCUAAUUUUGCUAAAUAAAAAGUAUAUAUAUUAUACAAUGAACAACAAAUGCAAGAACUACUACAUAAAAUAAAA